ACAACUUUUUUUUUUAUUUGACGUUAUAAUAAGAGUCGAAAAAUUGAGGCGAGGGAAGGAGGGCGAGGAGGGAGGAACAUCUGCCCCCGCCGGUGGAAUAAGGGGGUGAAGGUUUAUUGGGGUGCCCCCCAGGACUUCCCCCAUUCCUCACUUUAUUGGGGGACCCCCCCCACCCAGACAUGGGGGCGGCCAGCUGCGAAGACGAGGACCUGGAAUUUAAGCUGAUUUUUGGAGAGGAGGAGAAAGACCCCGCGGGCAUGGGGGUGUCUCUGGAAGACCUGGACUCCGAAGACCUCCCUGCGUGCUGUCCCUUGGACCUUGGAGACCCUCCGGCCUACGCCUGCCCCCUUGGCAUCCCCUGCCCGCCUCGCCUGGCCACAUCCCCCGGGAGCACAGCGCCCCCUAGUGGUCAGAGCACCCUGCAGGACUGUGCUCUCCUUCUCUGCCCUAGGUCGUCCGCCCUGCCCCCCCUGGACUGGCCCCUGCCCAGCCAGUACGAGCAAUACGAGCUGCGGAUCGAAGUCCAGCCCCGGACCCACCACCGGGCCCAUUACGAGACCGAGGGCAGCCGGGGGGCCGUGAAGGCUGCCCCGGGGGGCCACCCCGUGGUGAAGCUCCUGGGCUACGACGAGAAGCCGCUGACCCUGCAGAUGUUCAUUGGCACGGCCGACGAGCGCAACCUGCGGCCCCACGCCUUCUACCAGGUGCACCGCAUCACCGGCAAGAUGGUGGCCACCGCUAGCUACGAGACCAUCGUCAGCAGCACCAAGGUGCUGGAGAUGUCGCUGCUGCCCGAGAACAACAUGGCUGCCAACAUUGACUGUGCGGGGAUCCUCAAGCUGCGGAACUCGGACAUCGAGCUGCGGAAGGGCGAGACCGACAUCGGGCGCAAGAACACCCGGGUCCGGCUGGUCUUUCGGGUCCACGUGCCCCAGGGCAACGGGAAGGUGGUGUCCAUCCAGGCCGCCUCGGUGCCCAUCGACAUUGACUGUGCGGGGAUCCUCAAGCUGCGGAACUCGGACAUCGAGCUGCGGAAGGGCGAGACCGACAUCGGGCGCAAGAACACCCGGGUCCGGCUGGUCUUUCGGGUCCACGUGCCCCAGGGCAACGGGAAGCCCUCCCUCCCUGCUUUGCCCCUCCCUUCCCCUUUGCUCCACCCCUCAGUGGCCCCUCAGCCAAUGGCCUCUCUCCUAUCAGAUGGGAAGCUCCAAUGGGAAGAGGAGGCCUGUAUCAACCGGCUCAAGAGCAAUGAGGUGAGAAAAUCCCGGAGUGGAUUGAGCCCCGGGGAGCAGGAGGGGAAUGGG